AUGUGGAGAACCGGCAUGGCUGCCGGGGAAGGCCUGCCGCAGAUGCUCCGGGCGGUCCGGGAGCAAGUGCAGCAGGCGGCGGCCCGGAGGCCCCAGACCUUACCUACCACGCCACCUCGUUUAGUGGCUGUCAGUAAAACCAAACCAGCAGCAAUGGUCAUUGAGGCUUACAACCAUGGGCAGCGUAGCUUUGGAGAAAACUACGUCCAAGAAUUAUUAGAAAAGGCAUCAGAUUCCAGUAUUCUUUCUUCAUGUCCGGAGAUUAAAUGGCAUUUUAUUGGCCAUCUGCAGAAGAGUAAUGUCAACAAGCUAAUCGUGGUGCCAAACCUAUUUAUGCUGGAAACAGUGGACUCCAUUAAACUGGCGGAUAAGGUGAACAGUACUUGGCAAAAAAAGAACUCUUCUGAAAAGUUAAAGAUCAUGGUGCAAAUAAACACCAGUGGAGAAACGAGUAAACAUGGGCUUCCGCCUGGGGAACUGAUCACAACGGUGGAACACAUCCUUCAGAAAUGUCCCAACCUAGAAUUUGUUGGCUUGAUGACAAUUGGAAGCUUUGGGCACGAUCUCAGUAAGGGUCCCAAUCCCGACUUCCAGCUGUUAAUAUCUCUGCGUCAAGAACUGUGUGAAAAGCUCAAUAUCCCUAUUGAAAAGGUUGAGCUGAGCAUGGGGAUGUCUACAGACUUUCAACAUGCAAUUGAAGUUGGCUCUACCAACGUCAGAAUCGGAAGCACAAUCUUCGGAGAACGCAGCUACCCUAACAAGCCCGCUAGCGACAAAACCCAUAAGGAGGUCAAGGACAGAUUGGAGAAUUUGACUCUGAAGGAGAACUAGUAGCAGAGGCCCAAGGGAUUCCCUCUGUUGGAGAGAAUCUGCUUGGGUACCCAGACCCUCGACUCUUUCUUUGUCCUGAUGACAGUGGAGCACUAGCAGGUACAUGGCAGGUGUGACAAGGACUCCAGCACCUGUACCUUUAUUCUUGUAUAUCCAUUGAGAUUGCAUUUAUAGAAAAACAA